AUGAGACCAGUUUGGGCUGUGAAAGCUCUAAUCGUCAUCGUAUUCACUUCGAUUCUCUUCUUCCGUUGCGUUUGUGGUGCUAACCACACCGUCGGUGGCGCUUCCGGCUGGGAUCUCAAUGCUAAUAUGCACGACUGGUCUUCAACCACUACCUUCAAUGUCGGCGAUGAUCUCGUGUUCUCUUACACGCCGUUACACGAUGUGGUGGAAGUGAACCAACGAGGUUACGACACGUGUACAAUAGCAAACGCAAUAGCCACGUAUAACACCGGAGAAACAGUGAUCCAUCUCUUCUCAGAAGGAACCCGUUACUUCGUCUGUGGGAGAUUGGGCCAUUGCCAAAUGGGCCUCAAACUCGAAGUCCAAAUUCCGAUCCAAUCCAACAACAACGGAACCGGUGAUAAUCAAAACCAACCCGGCGGCGCUCGGAGAAAUCCACCUCCACCUCCACCUCCACCUCGUUCUCCACUUCGUUUUCCUCAGCGUAAUCCUCCGCCACCACCUCAUCAGUCUUCUCCUGGUCCUUCAGAUGCACCUGCUGAAGAGCCUUGUGAUUGUUCCUCUGCAUGGGAGGGUUGUUGGGUCGUGCCACUGAUCACACGCGUGAUCGUCUUAGGUUUAAUCUUCUUCUCUUCUUUGUUCUUUGUUCAUUAG